CGCGCGAGUCACUCGGAUGGCCGGGGGCCGCCAUUUUCCUCCAGUGAGGGAGACAGUCGCGAGCGUAGUUCCGCGCAUUGUCGACCAAGUUUUUCGUCGAAUCGAGGGAUUUUCGCGAAUAACUGGGGCGUCGGGCGGGCGCGCGUGACCCCAGUGCCCGUAUCCGAGCGAGUAUCGUUCCACGGGAGGCUCGAAGUCACCCGUGGACGCCGGGAGAACCGUCCGUGAGAAUCGGAAUACAGAGCCGAGACACCGCGCGUAUACUCCCGAAAGAGACACAUCGUAAGAACGCCGUGUGAGAGAGUGAAUACAGUUUGGUGAUCGCAGUGUAGCCGGUGAAAAUAUACGAGUACACAGGAGUACUGUGGACCGAGGAAUACAGGGGAGAAUCGCCUCCGACAGGAGACGGUGUUCAACAAGUCGUGAUGUGUUGGAGGUUCGGCGGUCCUUAUUCAAAAACCGACCAGAAGUCUGUGUUACAAAGGCAAUUUGUGUGACAAAACAUAAAAGUGCAAAAUUGUACAUCAAGACGUACGAAGAGGCUUCCUUACUAGUGGACAAUAGGACUUCCUUGGAAGAAAACAAAUAUUUUUAGUGACACAGAGUACAAGUGAAAAAUUUAAAAAUUGGGGGGGCUGUUUGACCGAUGGACAAACGGAAGAUGAUGCCCAAACGCCCUCGAAUGGAUAACCUGAGGGGUCCUAUUGCAAAUGGACCCAUUCAGACACGACCGUUGGUGGCUUUGUUAGAUGGCCGAGACUGUUCUAUCGAAAUGCCUAUCCUUAAAGAUGUUGCAACUGUGGCCUUCUGUGAUGCACAGUCGACAUCAGAAAUUCACGAAAAGGUACUAAAUGAAGCAGUAGGUGCAUUAAUGUGGCACACCAUAAUUUUGACGAAAGAAGAUCUUGAAAAAUUCAAAACAUUACGGAUCAUUGUAAGAAUUGGAUCUGGGGUAGAUAACAUAGAUGUCAAAGCAGCAGGAGAGCUUGGCAUCGCUGUGUGCAAUGUGCCUGGCUAUGGCGUUGAAGAAGUAGCUGACACCACCCUUUGUCUUAUUCUAAAUUUAUAUCGGCGUACAUAUUGGUUGGCAAAUAUGGUACGCGAAGGAAAAAAAUUCACAGGCCCAGAACAGGUCAGGGAAGCUGCAACAGGAUGUGCAAGGAUACGGGGUGACACACUUGGAAUAGUUGGGUUAGGUAGGAUUGGCUCUGCAGUUGCACUUCGUGCCAAAGCAUUUGGCUUCACUGUCAUCUUCUAUGAUCCCUAUCUACCAGAUGGAAUUGAAAAGUCGCUCGGUCUUAACAGGGUCUACACAUUACAGGAUUUGCUAUUUCAGUCGGACUGUGUAUCCUUGCAUUGUACCUUGAAUGAGCACAACCAUCAUUUAAUUAAUGAAUUCACUAUCAAACAGAUGAGACCUGGCGCCUUUUUAGUCAAUACAGCAAGGGGUGGUCUGGUAGACGAUGACGCUUUAGCCGCAGCGCUGAAACAGGGCAGAAUUCGUGCAGCAGCACUUGAUGUACACGAAAAUGAGCCAUACAACGUCUUUCAGGGUCAGUCUUCACAGUGUCCUUUGAAAGAUGCACCCAAUCUGUUAUGCACACCACAUGCCGCAUUCUACAGUGAUGCAAGUUGCACCGAACUUCGUGAGAUGGCAGCCAGUGAGAUACGAAGAGCUAUCAUCGGUCGCAUACCUGACUGCUUGCGAAACUGUGUGAACAAGGAAUACUUCCUUUCCUCAACUGGAGUCGGGAUGAGUGAUGAGGCCAGUAUCGGAGAAACAGGCAAUUGCGCCAGCAUUCUGGAAUUGCUUUAAAGCAUUAACUCGAACGUUGCACAGAGGUAUACAACCCCCCAAGAUGGCUGCUCCCGGGCGUAUCGACGUUUGGCGUUUGCAGGGUUUCCCAGAGGUAAGCUCAUCGGAAAUUGUGGGUCUUCCCUCCCCUGGCAUCGCCCCCGCCGCUUUUGCUGGCCCUUCAAAACAAAGAAACACACGUAAUUAAAUUUUUGUUCGGCACAAAUUAAUGCGCGUGUCAUGGCGGCGCCGGCGGUCGCAGCUGCAGAGAAAGUUUAAUCCAGGUACCCCCGGCUUUCAAUCGAGCUUCUCUCUGUUCCCUUCUCGCCCCUCAUCCCUUUCUUUCUUGCUUUCACCCUUUCCGCAAUCGGCGCACCUCCCGUUCCCAAUGAUUUCGAAAAUCAGAAUCUGUCGCGCGAACAUUUUUACAAUGCGUUUAUCGCGAAGCAGCAGGAAACACAAACGUCCAGGUAUCAUCGCUGAUAAUCUACUUUGUUCGCAAGUUAUUUUGCCGUGGAUCGAUAAGACAAGAUUAAUUUCUGAUUCGUUCGCAGCCAUUGUUUUGCUCGAGUAUCACACUCUCGAGCGGGGAUUAUCAGAUUCGCAAAAAUUGUUGAUUUUCACGGUGCAGAGUUUGAUGGGUCUGGAAAUAAACUUUACCAGGUCACUGUAUCUUUUGUUUUGAUACGUUGUUAUCAUCGAGCCAUACACGCGCGCGCGCGCGCGCACACAUACACCCACGUGUCUUAUCUUUCCACCACGUCGUACUAGAUAAGCAGUAAUAUUGUAUAUACGUGUAAGCAACAAUAUUCUUGUAAAAGGUUCGUUCGUCGAAUGCAAGUAGCAAAAACAAGAAUUUAUUACGCGGCACAGAGAGUAUAUAUAUAUAUAUAUAUAUAUUGUAUGGACAUCCGACAUAUUCUUCAUUUGAACAUGACGAACAAGUGACAAUAUUAAAAAAAAAAAACAGAUUUCAUUGCAUUUACGAAAUUAGUUUAUUGUUUAUAAUAGGUGUUUCCAUUCUACACGGGACAAUUCGCUACAAUCUCGCGCGUUUAUUGAAGAUCAUUCGGUAAUUCUAGUAAACAUAAAAACAGUUUUUUUUUCAUUAAAGCAAUAUGAUUGUACAUAUCACAAUUAAAUUUCGAAGACUCGACGCGUGUUCCGUUCGGUGCGCACGUCUUCGCUAAUAUAAAAGAAAAAUAACGUGCGUACAAGUUCACACAACAUUUAUUUCUCUAUGUAUCAUUAAAUAGCAUGUGCUCUCCGCAUAUAAAAAUAGAGUAUUCAACUAGACUAUGCUGUAAACCUCUGUACAAAAUACACUUUUCAGAAAAUUAUUUACAA